AGAGAAAGGCAUCAAGAAACCUAUUAUACAUACAACAUAUACGUAUUGAUUUGAUCGGUUCCAGCGCGCCCCGAUCAUCUCUGUUUCAUUCUUUGGGAAAUUUUCUUUUUCAUUCAAGAAAAUUCCCAAUUUCCGCCUAUCAAUUUCAAUCUUUCCACGAGUAUGUUAUAGGGUUUCUGACAUAUCUUCCUGCACUCUAGCCUACUGCUGAGUCUCUACCCUUCUGCACCUGGCUAAAAUGUCAGGCCUAGAAGGAAAUGAGGCUUUCGAUGAAACAGGAGAAAGGAAGUCGGAUCUUGAGAAUUCUGAAGAUGAGAUACGGCUAUCCAGAAUGAGAUCCCUAAAGAAGAAGGCAUUGAAUGCAUCUAACAGGUUUACCCACUCGCUCAAGAGAAGGCGAAAGCGAAAAGUUAAUUCCAAGGUUCCUUCGGUUCCCAUAGUAGAUGUACGUGAUGCAAAUGAGGAGAGAGCUGUCUGUGAAUUACGGAAAAAGCUUCUUGACAAUAACUUACUGCCAACUAGACAUGAUGACUAUCAUACCUUGUUGAGGUUCUUGAAGGCGAGGGAUUUUGACAUUGGAAGAACAACCCUCAUGUGGGAAGAAAUGCUAAAUUGGCGAAAAGAGUUUGGAGCAGAUACAAUGUUGGAGGAUUACGAAUUUACGGAGCUGGAAGAAGUCUUGCAGCAGUACCCUCAAGGGUACCAUGGAGUUGAUAGGGAAGGAAGACCCGUUUACAUUGAAAGGCUCGGGAUGGCACACCCUAGUAAGCUUAUGCAAACUACUUCAGUUGAACGUUACCUGAAAUACCAUGUCCAAGAGUUUGAAAGGGCUUUUAACGAGAAGUUCCCUGCUUGUUCAAUUGCUGCAAAGAGACAAAUUUGUUCAACUACAACAAUCUUGGAUGUGCAAGGCCUGGGUUUAAAGAAUUUCACUCCAACUGCUGCAAGUAUUCUUGGAGCUGUGACAAAGGUUGACAGUAACUACUACCCAGAGACAUUACAUCACAUGUUCGUCAUCAAUGCUAGUGCAACUUUUAAGAAAUAUUUAUGGCCUGCUGCUCAAAAGUUUUUGGAUGCAAAGACGAUUCCAAAAAUUCAGGUGCUUGAACCCAAAUCAUUGGGAAAACUACAUGAAGCCAUAGACCCAAGUCAAUUGCCCAACUUCCUUGGUGGUUCAUGUUCUUGUCCUUCUGAGGGUGGUUGCCUUAGGUCUAACAUGGGUCCAUGGAAUGACCCUGAAAUAAUGAAGGUUGUAAAUAAUGCAGAAGCCACAUUUGAAAGGCAAAUCACCAGAGUCUAUAAUGAUCAACAGAAAAUUGACUCUUCUGUCCAAAUACAACCUGUGAAGGGCAGAAGUGAUGCAUCAAUCUUUGAAUCAGGAUCAGAUGCUGAUGACCCUUGUCUAACUAGCCCAAAUAAUUCUAGGAUUCCAGAAUUCGCAUCAGUUAGUGACGAAGCCGUGGCAUCUGAUUCACCCGUCUAUCAUAGUUGUGAUGAUGAUUUCAGUCCACGUGAAGAAGCUAUUGCCGCUGAUCGAGGUCUGGAAAUUUCUCGCAGUCGGUCUCCUACACCAGACAGUGAGGGAAUUACUUCUGGUACUGUAUGUAUCCAGUUGUUGAACACCAUUCAGGAAAAGGUUGUGAAGAGAAGCUUCAAUUAUAUAGCAAAACCGGUGGUCUCAUUGGCGACAAAACUGAAAACGCUCGUUUGCAGCCUACCCAUUGAAUAUUGGAGAAAACUGAACAUCAUAUGCCCCUCUAAUGCAGUGGCACCCAGUGAUUCGGCCUCUCGCACGGAGGGUAUCAGAGAAGAUCAAAUCCUUCCGUGUUUGGAGCGUCUACAAAAACUUGAAAGAAUGCUGGAAGAACUUAAAAAGAAACCUGCCCAAAUUCCUGCAGAAAAAGAGCAGAUGUUGGAACAUUCUUUAGAUAGGAUUAAGUCGGUAGAACUUGAUCUUCAUAAAACCAAGAAAGUAUUACAUGCCACUGUGGUGAAGCAACUUGAGAUUUCAGAAUUGAUGGAAAGGCUGCAGCAGUAUAAAUUCUGUCGGCGAACGAUGUGUUGAAAGUUGGUGUAGAGUGGAGAAACUGGAAAGAGGUGAAAGUUAUGUUAGAGACAGUGAGCACCCUUUUUUUCUGUUCUCUGUUAUGCUAAUUGUGUCUGAGAAG